UAUUUUAGUAAAUAAUAAAGAGUAAUAUUUUUGAAAAAACUUAAAAAUCGUAAUACAUAUUCUUGGAGAAAAUCAAGAUACAAUGCCAACCCUCAAAGAUGAGAAGCGGCUCAUGCCUAUCUAUAGUGGACAAAGCAGCUAUUCCCACUCCCGCUUCCGCAACGUCAAUCCGGAAAUGCUGCGGCCGGGAGAGAGCUGCAUCUGCUACCUCAUCCUUAAUUACCUCAGUCACACAUUACUUUUACGGAGUAUUAUGUAUGCUUCCUGGCCGGCCGGUGAAGCCACACCACCACCUCAGCUCAUCGAUCCGGCGGAUGGUGGGUGUCACAUUUAUUCUCAUCAGGCAUGUGGAGUGGAAAUGAGUGAUAGAGGGAGAUGUUG